GGCGCCCGCUCUGGUGUUGGGACGAGAAACGGUGAACUCGUGGCGUGAGUGGCCGUAGCGCAAGACACCGCAGAAUUCACGGCCGGUGCUCCGUCACGAUUCCACGUCCACCUCGUCACCAAAAUGCAAAAUGCAAAAUUUCCGUUCUUGUCCAUCGAUCUUAGGCAUCCACGGGCGAUCGGCGUUUUCAAACCAUAAAUUGUGUGACGCUCUACCAUCGUAUUGAACCCGAGCGCAACGGCGGCUUGGAGAGCUGAAGCCACCAUCAACCUAAAAAGAAUCAAUCAAUCAACCAAUCCAUUUCCCCUUCUUACCCAAUUCACUCAAUUGAUCAAACACCCCUCUUCACCCACCAUGCCCAAGUACAUGAUCCUCAUCAAAGGCAAUGCCGGCUCCGAGUCCAUCCCCAAAAAGGGCGAGGUCAGCGAAGAGGUGGCUGCCAUGAACAACAAGAUGUUCAAUGAGAUGGUUACUUUCAACGAAAAGCUCAUUGAGGCAGAAGUCCUCGUUGAGCUCGGCGGCUUCGAGUCCACCCACGCCGCCCACCGCAUGGAGUACUCUGCCACUGGUGCGCCACAGAUCACCCCUGGCCCCUUUGAUCUCGAAAAGGAACGCAUGCCAUGUGGCUUCUGGUUGCUUGAGACCAAGGACGACGAAGAGGUCCUCAAGUGGGCGAAGCAGAUUCCCUUCCAGCAGGGAGAGGUUAUUAUUCACAAGCUUGGCAAGGCUUCCGAGAUGCCUGGCUUUGAUGAUGAUCUGAUGAAGAGAGAGGAGAAGAUGGAUGCUGCGUUGCUUGCUCGCCGCAUCAAGUUUCAGAAGUAAAAUAUUAGUACUUCUUUAGCUAUGCUACUUAUGAAUAAAAACAAUGCUGUCAUUACCGCACC